AUGGCACACUCUACUUUAUGUUCAACUUCAAUGAGGAGACAGGUGGAGCAAGAAACCACGCUAGAUUUCCAUGCGCAGAUGGUAAAAGUGGCACAGUUGUUUGGCCACGUUCAGAACAUUGGCAAGCCAGCGGACCAGGAUCCGCUGCGUGACAUACCCACAGCUGCACGAAAUGUCUGUGAAGGCCGCAUCUGUGCGAAUGGAAUGGACCAGACACAAGGCAUUGCAGCAGUGCCAGCUCAUUUGCAAGGUGCUUGCCAGGUUCUGGAUUUGUACCUGAAUUGGACGCCUAAUCCAAAGCAGAUGGCGCCCACUGACUUCGGCAAGCUAUACAAAGUGAAUAGCUACAGUCCCAGGUACUUGGAAAUCCGCAACCCACACAAACGCGAUCAAUUCUUGGACUUUGACGAUGCGUCCCACAGCUACCUGCUGUUGCACGGGUCGUUGCACGAUUGUGGUCCCGGGGGUCCUGGGGGUCCCGGUGUCCGCACUUUUGGCGCCUCGGUGACCUUUGUGGCAUCGCGGCUGGCGCGGGACUUCGAUGCCGCAGAGGUCUUGCGAAGAAUGCGAAACGGAAAGGCAUGGCCUCGGCUCAAGUACACCAUCAACCCAGUGCCAGUGCACGUGCAGUCCUUGAGGCCAGGCUGCUUUGGUCUCUUAGUCGAAGAUGAGAACGGGCACGCGAGCUUGCAGCCAGAGGAGGUAGCGGCCCUGCUCCAUCGAGAAGGCAAUUUGCAGUCGUGGCACUUGGCUUUGGUCCAAGAACUGCACCGGCGCUACAAUGCGGCAUUGUCAGGAUGUCAAGUUUACAGCUAUGUCCGAGAGAUGACCGAUGAGGAAAUCCUGCAGCUAUGGGAGCAAAAGAAAACUGAUGCAGCGAAUCGUGGCACUGAGGCCCAUUAUCAGAUAGAGCUGUGGUUGAAUCGCGAUCAUUGCAGAGUUGAGGAGCCAGAGGUUCAAUGUGCGCUGCACUUCUUAAGCAUACUGGCAGGGCUGUAUCCUGGCAUCAAGGCGUAUCGAACGGAGUGGCGCGUUUUUGCGGAACGCGAGGAUUUGGCAGGAUCAAUCGAUUUGGCCUUGCGACUUCCUCAAGGUACGUUAGCUCUGAUAGAUUGGAAACGCACGAGCAAAGGGAAAGCCCUGCUGCAAAGCCGGUUUAAUCGAAUGUCAGCACCAUUUGACCACCUUCAAGAUUGCAAGGGAGCAAUCUAUGCACUUCAGUUGAAUCUCUACCGAUGGAUUCUAGAGUCUUAUUAUGGCGAGCGUGUGUCGCUCAUGGCCAUUGUUUCGGUCCACCCUGAGGUUGAGCCCUUUUCCACAGCUGUGCCUGACCUACAGCUUGAGGUCGCCCACCUGAUGGCAGAAUGCAGAGCCAGGCACCAACGAGUGCUGAUGGCUGAGAUGAAGGCACCCAGUUGGCUCCGUUGCGCUCAGACGGGGCAGCUCAUGACCGAACCUGUGCAGCUUGGGAACAGGUUCUUCCAGAAGGCAUGCGCCAAACGCCUGAUUGGGUCUGAUCUGGAGACCGUGCAAGUGAACACACAACUGGCAGAUGCAUCUUACAUCAAAAUCAGGGCGGAGAGCUGUGCAAGAGCUCCUUCGAGCAGAGCCGAGUGUGACUGCUGUGGAAACGGCUGCUUUGUUGAGCAGGAGGAAGCCAUGGGAGGAGAUGACGUGUGUUCUGUCGAUGGAUGCUCCACCGACUUCUUGCAGGUGAAUCGAUCUGCAGGCAGCCGCCAGACCAACACAUCCAACAGCACUUUACCGCCUGAAGCGGCGGUGUCGGCUGCUGGAGCCAAAGAAAUGGAGAAACCUUUGAAUGUCAGCGUUGGCAAUGUCAGCCAUGCAGACACAAGCAUCAACGCUUCGUUGAAAUCAGCAAAUGGUUGGGUCGGCUGCUGGUACUAUGGUUGCCGCAGGAGUUACCAUCCAGAGUUCCGUUGCCAGUGCAACCCAGGAUGCAGACGGUACGGGAAUUGUUGUGGAGACUUUGGCACCAGAUGUUGGUGGCUGGGCCCAUCCCCUCCAGCAGAUGACCGGCGGCGCCGCCGACGGCGAACCAAGCCACCGCCUCCACCGCCAAACCCGCAGUGGGCACCUUCGCCGCCACAGAACGGGAUUGCUACAGUUUACCAUCAAACCAGUCCGCAAGCGUGCAAGGCCAUCCUGGCAUCUAGCUUCCGACCCGGAUCGGAUGGCCACUGUGGUGGGGCCAUUUACUUUGCCAUGUCUCCGGAGGCCACAAAAACGAAGGCGAUUGGCACACAGUCCCAGAGCGGCUGUGUCAUUCAGGCAAAGGUGGAGGUCGGCCGCGUGAAAUAUGAAGGACCAAAAUGUGGCCACAAAUGGGAACCGGGCGAACUGAAACAGCAGGGCUAUGAUUCUAUCCAGUUCGAUCCUGGAGAUGGCCAAGAGGUUGUGAUUUUUGAUCCAAACCAAGUUAAGAGCAUGAAAGAGAUCCCCUACAAUUCCGCCUGGAAACCUGAAUACAACGUGCGAUGA